ACAUAGGGAAUUUCCACAUACUCCAUCUUAUCUUGAAGUAUCUUUGAUCGUUUGAAUUUGAAAGUUUUUGUUGAACAACGAGCCAACGAGUCCAACGAGCUUUCGUAAUUGUGAUAACAACAAGUAUUAUUAUAAAUCAACAAUAUGAGUAAUUAUGGUGAUUUAAGUCAAAUAUCAGAUAUACAUAGUAUCUCACGGAUUUCGCGUGUGAGUUGCAGUCGAUUAAUGGGAAGAGCAGAUUCCUUACGAAAUAUAUUCGAACGACAAUGUAGUUUCACAAGGAAUUCAAGUAGGAACAUCACAAACCUUAACCAAGGGACGAAUUAUUUACAGAAAAUUAUAAGAUGUUUUAAUCAGUGUGAGGAAAGCAUAAGUGAACAUGUAAAAAGCAAAAUUAUUCUGGAAUGCAUAAAAGAGGCAGCAUUGAAUGUAAAGGGAAUACUGUCUGAGAAUGUUGUUAAUAAAUUGAAAGGAUUACUUUUGAUUCACGAAUGUAAUAAAUACAUGCAUAUGCCGUCUACAUCAAAUAAUUUACACGAGAAAUUAACAGUUUUGGGAAUUCGUGAUUUACCAAAUUAUGUUCUCAGUUAUGAAGAGAUAAUAAAUGUCAAAUGUUAUACGGAAACAUUGUUACGAGAAAAGAUACACAGCUUUAUAUUAAGAUAUGAUUCUCUGGGAGGAAAUAUGAAAGAAAUAAUGAGGUCAACCGAAAGUAAUGUUCGUACAACUUUAUUUGACAUUCAUGAAGUACAAAUGCUGGAAUGGAAAGAUAAGAUCGAAGAAAUGUGUUCGCAGUAUGAAGUUGACAUUGUCAAAUAUAGAACUUUGAUUAACAAGUGGAAAAAUCUCAAAUACAAAGAUACUAAUGCGAUUUAUUUACAAAAAGCAGAAUAUAUAUUAUUACAAGCUCAAGUUGCACAAGUGCAAGCAAAAAUUACAAAGUUGACGUGUAUCAUGAGAAUGUAUAAGGAAACACCAGUAACAAUUGAUGCUUAUAAAAUAUUAAAUGCAGCCAUAGAUGAAAAAUUAUUUGUAACAAUGAAUGAAGUCAAAGAAAAAGAAAAUUUAAAGAAACAUUAUGAAAGCUUACAAAAUUCAGAAUACGAUGAAGUUUUAAAGACUUACUUAUAUUUCUGCAAAGCUAUCAAGAUAAAGAAACAAAUAUUAGAGAAUAUGUAAAUUCAUUGUAAAUUAAAGAAAUCAUUGAUUGUGUUAGAGUAUUUUGCAAGAAAACAUACAAAUUGGUCUGUAUUUAUAAAAAAGAAACAAUUAUAUUGUUAUCAAAUAUUUUAUUACUUAUUACUGUAAACUAUAGAAGCAAGAUAAAUGAAAAUUAUAUGAUAUUUUAUGAUAUUUUUA